GUUAUUAUUGUGACUUACAAGUUGUAAGUAAACAUAAUAUCUGGGUUCAAAAUGGACACUAAAAUCGAAUAUGCCGUCGAAGUGAAAAACGUUUGCAAGUCGUAUCCUCCAGAUUUUACAGUGUUAGAUGGGUUUAAUAUGAAUGUUCCUAGUGGCAGCAUGUGAGUUAUUUUAUAAAUUUAUAUUUUUAUGUUUUAUCACAAAAAGAAAAAAAAGAAAUUUAACUGUUCGAUAAACAUUUUAAAAACGUUGAACUUUAUUUUCAUAUUGUUAUAAUAUAAUAUUACAAUUAUUUCGAUUUAAAGCAUUAUUUACAUAACAUUAUGCAAACAAUGCCGUUUUAAUUUAAUUUAAUUUUUUUAAAAUGUUCAAAAUUUUAAUACAAUAUAAAUUUAAAGUUGAUAGUUAAAGUUUAUGCGAUUUACGAAUCUGUCAUAAUGAUUCGUCAAAGAAAAAAGUCAGGUGAAAAAAAGUUCAACGGUGGAAAGUAUUAUUUCAAUGUAGGCGUAAUUCUAUAAUAAUUAUUUGGACAUUUUUCAUCGUGAGAAUUUUUUAUUCACAGGACUUUGAGGAUGAAAAUUAAUAUAAUCUAGUAUAAAAAUCGAAAUAAUGUCUGUAUUUGUCUGUUUGUAUAUCUAGCUGCUGUAUAUCCGUUGCUAUAGAAAUCUCUAGUUUUAUUUACAAUUUGUGCCCAUGACAUUUAAAACUGCUGCUAGAGAAAGAUCGCUUUAAAAUUUUUAUUUUAAAAUUUAAGUAAUAGGUUAAGGGUGCUGGGAGGCUCAGGUUUGACUUUUGAUAUUUCAAUAUGACCUGGGUUAGGUACUUUCAUGACACGGAUGAAAUUUUAAAAAUAACAACAAACGGAUAUAUUUUGCACGAUGGGUGAGCCAAUAUUGCAUGUACGAAAUUGGGAACAUAUAAAGGGAAAAUUAAAUGUAUAUUUAUACGCAAUUAUUAAUCAUUGCUAGCGAAAAACGAUUCUAAAUAGAGUUUGAUUCUACAUGUUACUACGAUUUUGAAAUAAUACGUUUCGUAAAUUUCCCCGUUAUUCCUACGUUUUUUCCAGGUUUUUCCCAAUUAUUUUGAAAACCGAUAAAAACAAAUAAUAAUAAAUAUCAUUGUCAUACCAAUCCCGGGAUUGAGCCCGGGAAAUAUCGCGUGAUUUAGCUAUAGCAAUUAUUGAUCAUCAUGAAAAUUUAUUAUUCAUGAUGUGAUUUACGAAUCGAGGGAUUUGUCGAAGGAAAAAGUCCGGAGAAAAAAAAUUACCUAUUUGAUAUUUCUAUAUAAUAAAUAAUUAUACACAUAUAGCCAUUUACAUAUUUUUUACAUAAAUAAUUGGACAGUUUUUAUAGUGGCCAAUUUAUUCUUCAUCUUUAUCUAAUUGUAUAGACGGUGUACUGGUAUAAUUAAGUAAUAUUACAAUAUCAUCGUCUUUAUCUGUAGCGUCCGUAAUACAAUCGGUACGCACUCGGAUCAUAUACGUAUUGUGUUGGCCACAAUGUAGGUAAUACAGGUACCUGUAUACAAAAAGUAUGAAAACGCGUUUCUGUAAUUUAUUAAUCGUAUUAUAUAUUAUAUAAGCACUGAAUGAACCAAAGGGCGUAUGUAUUACUGUAUAUAACACAAUACACUCAUUAUCUCGGAAAGCAUUAAUUUUUUUCGGAAUUUGUUUUCUAGAAGAUUUAAGAAACAAGUAGAUCUACAAUUUUAUAUUUAUGUUAUUUUUGCCACUCUCAUUUUUGCCAGUAAAAACACUACCUAUUUUUAAUUUUCAAUUUUCAUUAAAAUGUCCAUAAAUAGAUGAAUAAAUAGUGAAAAAGUGCCUGUAAUCGAAUUCGCCAAUUAAUUACUAUUAUUAUGGCUAAUUGACUGUAUUUCACAUUUUUCUCUGAACUUAAAACAAUUAUUAAAAAUAACCAAUUUAAUGAAAAUAAUAAGUUAUUUUUUAAGCUUUUCACCAAAACAUAAAAAUAUUAUUGAAAUAUAAAUAUUUGUGGUUGUCAUCUAUGUGAGUAAUGUAAAAAAAAAAACAAUCUGAUUAUCUUUAUUAUUUCCGGUGUUAGUACAAUGAGUAUAUCUUUGUGGGACAUUCUGUAUACAUACAUGUAUUAUUAUACAUCAUUGAUUUUUUUAAUGAUCUUGUAUAAUAUAGAGUAUUUUUUUUUCUAAAUGUCCGUACACUAGUACUCUGUUCCAGUGUUUCCCAAUCUUUUUGCAAUGACGACCCAUAAAUUUAAUCUUUAUUGGAUACGCGACCCCUGCUAAAAAAAAAACAAGUAUGCUAUAAAUAAAUAAGAUUUGUAUUAUAAUCAAUUUUAUCAUUGAAUUUUUAUAAAAUACAAUAUACUGAAUAAUAAAAACAUAAUAAAUAAAUUAAAUAAAUUAUAAAAAAAAUAAAAAAAUAUUAGUAUAAUAAUAUGAAAAUUGCAUAAUUUAUUGCUGAAUUCAGUGUGACUGGUGAUUCUGGAUGCUGUUGCAUAAAAUUUCCCACUGGGGUACAAUUUCAGAUAAACUGAUGCGCAUGUCAUGUGUGACAUCUAAUCUAUUUCUUUGUUUUGUUUUAAUAUUGGCUAUGGUAGAAAAUAUUUUUUCGCACAAAUAAGUGGUAGGAAAAAGUAAUAGUUUUUUUAUUGCAUUAAUUGAAAGUUCUGGAUAUUCAUUAUAUACCGCACAACAAAAAUCUACAAGAGUUUCAUUUUUAAAUUUAUUUUCAUAAACUUUAUCACAAGAAAGUUCGAUAAUCUGAGUUUCAAGAAGCGUAUUGAAGUUCAACUCUUCAAUAGAAACAGUGAAAGCAUUUUCAAUCCAUUGAAAAUCGUCACGAAUAUCUUUUGAGAAAUAACUAAUUAAUGCAAUUGAUAUUUGAUUUAAAUGCAAUGAAAUAAUUGUUUUGAUAUCAGUGACAUUCGCUGAGUCGUCUUCUUCUAGAAACUUGCUAAGUACACAAAACAUAUCAAUAUUUACUAUUUCUACUUUGUUUUUGUAAAUAAUAAUUUUUUUUUUUGAACGAAGCAAUUUUUUUUGACUGGUCAAAAAUGUCAAAAUGUAGUCUCGAUGUACUGCUCGUUGCUCAACUAUAAUAUGGAUUAUGGACAAUCGACCGACACCGAUCGCAUCGGUCAUCUAGCCAUUAAAACAUUUACCGAUAAGAUAAGAAAUAUUCCAUAAUCGUAAUAAAAUAACAUAAAUAUUACUAAAAAUGUAAUGUAUAUCCAAUGUAAAUAAAAUAUAACAUAAGCAUUUAUCCAUUUACGGCUAAAAUAACCGUAAUCCGCGACCCAUAAAAAAAAUUUCGCGACCCGUGCUUUGGGAAACGCUGCUCUGUUUUGUAAGAUACUCUGAACGCACGACGACGUACCAUUAUUUGUUCUCCUUGUGGACGCGUUUUAUACUCACACAAUGCACAAAAAACACCUUAUUGCUCUAUACGUGAAUUUACGACGGCUUAUUUAAACCGCCAUCUAUAUAAUAUACUUGGACGUUAUUAUGUCGCCAUACAGAUUCGUGAACGAUGUUAUAUAAAAUGAAAUAGGUUUGCCCGGGUUGCCAUAUGACGCUAAGACACGCUGAGACGGCUAUGAAUUACUGGAUCAAUAUAACGGGGUGCGUACAGAAUGUGCUUGGAGAGCGGGUGGGCGCGGGGUUAAAUUCGUUCGGAUUCCUUCAGAAACCAUAUCGAUACAAUAAGUACUAUGACCUUUCCGUGAUAAUAUAAUACAGAAGAUCCGCAGCUCGUCCGAAUGACCUUGUAACGGAUUUUUGUAAUUAUAUAUACAAUAAUAAUGCGAAACCAUGAGAAUAAAUACGCGUGUUAUUAUGUCGUAUUUUAGUCGUGUCUGGGCCGCUCCGCACGGUUUGUUCCUGGUGGGUAUUUUUUUUUUUUUAAAAUUGAUAAAAAAAAAAAGUAAUAAUAAUAAUAGUAGACAAACAACGAAACUUGUCCCAUGCCUUCUAGUUUAGCAAAAAUAUAGUAAAUACUGCAAGAAAAAAUUAUUGUCAUCGUAUUGUAUCCGACGAACAAUAUAAUAAUAUAAUAUAAAUAAUAAACAUUAUUUUAUUCACCGCUGUGAAAUGAUAAUAAUAUUAUGUUCGAUUUCGAGCGCAUCUGUGCAUGGUCAUCGUAAAUCCAUGCAGGACGUUGUAUACCAUUUAACAUUGUUGUGUUUCUAAAUAUUUUUUUUUUUAGAUUCUGAGCAUGAUUAUCGAGUUUACUAUAGUUUUUUCUUUUUUCUUCUUCUGUCUGCGUAUAAUUCGUCCAUCAGAAAUAUUGCCAUGAUCAUCAAGUGUAACAAAUUUUUUAAAAGAAAAUGCUGUUAGUUGAUUUGCUCUCAUUGAAGAGGUUUUAUUUUCUAUUUUUUUAUAUUGUAUACAAAAAUUUUACCAGAAAUCUUACUCCGAAGUAUUAAGCGUAUAGAACUUUUUCUAAAAGGGAAUUUUCCUGGGAUGAUACUUUAGGUAGGUCGUUUGUUAAUUUUCCCAGGAGAUUUCCUAAUAAAUGGGAAAAAUUGGAAAAAUGUACGAAAUACAGGUAUUAGAAAACAAAUAUAACGCCUUUUUUUCCUGUAAACAUCUUUUCUACCGGCAAUUUUGCUCCGAUUUACAAUGAUAGCAAUUUUUCCAAAAAGAAAUCUGACCCAGGAGGUACUUUAGGAAGAUCAUUUUUUUAAUUUCCCAAUAAAUUGGUAAAACCAGAAAAACACGCAUGAAAAACGGGAAAUGUACGAAAUGUAUUAUUUUCAAACCGUAAAUAUUACGGUCUUUUAAAAUACGUAUAACUGAACUCUGCUCAAAAUCGUUUUUCGAUAGCAAAGAUUAAUUCUUACGUACAGAUAUACAUCAAAUUCUUCUCUGUAACUUCCCUUCCCAACUUCUCACCUACAACAGUUGCCCAUUGUGUGAAGGAUAAUUACCAUCUUAUUUUCUUGUAAUUUGGUUAUAGACACUUGUAAAGACUUGAAGUUUUCAUAGAAACGCUCGAAAAUAUAACACGAAGUUCAUAACAAGUUGUUCUUGGCGGUAAAAAAAAAACCGAGCGUAAUGAAGUAGGAUUAUCUUCAAGCGAUUUAAAUUUCAACGAAAAUUGUAGACAUUUCGAUAGCAUUUCAUAACAUGUUUAACCGAACUUCGCUUUUAAUUACUAUAUUUUAAUUGCUUUACUAAAAGGUAUAGCAAUAAUUUAUCGUUGAGUAAAUAAAAUAACUUUAUAUCGUAUCCUAUACCUUUCCUGUAACUUCCCGUCUACAAUAGUGGCUGCAGUAUUAGCUAUUAAAAAAAAAAAGGUUUAGUUACAUUAUCGCUUUAUAAACUAUAUAAUAAUAAUUCUUGUUAUGACCCACGCGUGAGCGAGGCUUUUUUUUUUUUAGUGUAAUCUUUUACACAAGAAAAAUAUUAUAUGUGUGUAUACACGUAAAUAUAGAUAGUAAUUGGGGGCCGAUGCGUCCCACAGAGCACGCGUAUUCAUAAUAUUAUUAUUAUCGAUUGUUGUAUUAUUAUUGUAUCUAUUAUAUCGUCGUUGUCCUCUGUAUACUCGUUAUUAUUUUAAUUUCUUUUUUUUUUUCAUUUAGUCUUUACCGUCUUUUAUCAAACAGGACACACGCGUUAUUCUUAUAUUCUUGUAUACGCAUACUGACCGUGACCCAAUGCAAUCCAAUAUAAAAUAUUCUCUAUAAUGUAUACAAACUCAUAUUAUGGUAUUUAAUUUUUUUCAAUUAAUCGAUUGUUUUGUUUAUUUUAGAUUUUGGAUAGAAACUCUUAGCAUUUAAGUCUUUAUCAGCGCAGCGGUAGAUCCAGGUGAGGGGAUGUUAACGGGGUUAUUAACCCUCCUUCAAAAAACACUUUCGUGGAGUAGCAUGUUUUGUUUUAAAAAUAAUUUAUAAUUUAUUCAUGAAUCAUGACUAUUAAUAAUUAUAUUUACUAAAUUUACCCAUUGAAAAUUCUUGAACACGAUAUUCCUUGACACAUGAGAUUAUAAUAAUUAUUUUAUAUAAUCUUGUAGGAAACUUGUAGGUAUACCGUACACUCAGGAAGUAUUGAAUAUAAUAUAAAAUUAUUAUUUUCGAAGAGAGUUUAAAUUUAAAAUGUAAAAAUAUUAUAGCUUUAUUGUUCAUUGUACCUACAUACAUUAGGUCAUGGAACUAUAAUUAUUAGGUCUGUUUUGCUUAUUAUAAUUGUUAAUACAAUAAAAGAAACACUUAACAAUUAUUAUUUACCUAUAACAAUAAUAGGUAAUAAUACACGUAAGAUACAUUAUAUGAUAAGAAGGAUUAAUUUGUUUGAUAUAAACACGAAUUUUAAAUUAAAAUGUUUAGUUUAAGAUGAGGUCAUAUUACCUAUCAAGUUUUACGUUAGUAUUUUAAUACUAAUAUAAUGCUUGUUUCGGCGAAUGAUCAAAUUUAAUCUGGUUACUGUAUUUUCUAAACAAGUCGUUUUUGACGAUUUUGGUUAUAACAUUUAAUUAUAUAGUUGUUGAUGUUUAGUUAUUGACAAAAUAAUUUUACCACUAGAUAGUACUUUUUUUUUCAUAAUUUUGUAUAAUUAUGUUAAAAUACUUCUUAGAUUAUCAUUUUUAUGUUGUCUUAUAUUUAUUAAAAGUAAUAAAGAAGACAAUUUAUAUUUAUUUUUCUACAACAUUUUUAUUAAUACAAUUGUUGUUUUUAUAUUUAAUUAUAAACCAGUUAAUUUAAAGAUCCAUAAUUAGAAAAUUAUAGAAACAGUUGUGAACAAAUAGUUAUAAAAAUGUAUUUUUCUAUUUUCUUUUUAAAUUCUCCCUUACCACUUCCAAUAUAUUUCUAUUAUGUUCUUGAUUUUUAUUUAGUUUAUGAAUAUUUUCAUCCACCACCUCAAGAUAAUUAGCAUUUAAAAUACAAAAAUUGUAAAGAACAUAGCAAUUUUUUGUCAUGUAUUUUGUGUUGUACAACAAACUUCUCAAUCACUAUUUAUUAAACCAAAUUAAUUAUUUUGAUGGACCAUUAAAUUAUAAAAGUUCUUUAAAUUUCCGGUGUCCAAUUAUUUUAACUGCUGCAAUACAAUAAAUAAUGAUAUUUUCAUUAUACACAAUUAAUCAAAAAUAAUAUGUAAACUUUUAACUUCUCUAUGCUAAUAAAAACAAAUAAAAUGCUUUAAAUUUAAAAUACAAUACUUGAUAUAAUGCUUUAAAAUUUAAAUGUAUAUUAUGAUCAAUUAAUAUUAUUUGUAAAAACCAUAAACAUAUCAUUUCGUGAUUCAGUUAAUCACAUAACCAUGUCCGAUAAUGAAUAUAACUCAAUACAUAAUUUUUUUAAUUUUUCUUUUAGUUCUUUUUUAUAAUUGGGCGAAAACGUCUGAAAAACAGUAAUAUUUACGCAAUAACGGUUUCUGUUAAUAUUGGUUUUGAUUUUUAUGAUGUAAUUCAGUUAAUAAUAAUCGAUCGUAGAAACAUGCAAUGUACAUCAAAUAUUUUUACCAGCACUUUUUUAAAUACAUGGUGCAAUAGUGCAAAGUAUAUUAUCCACUUAAAAAAAAAAAUUAUUAUUUUUAGAAAUCGUAAGGAUGGGUAGAAACAAUAUUAUACAAAAUAAUAUUAUGUUCUAUUUUAUUCACAUUUAACAACUGUUACAUUCAUUAUUAUAUUGUAAACGAGUUUCGUUACACGUUUACUAUUUUAGUAUUAGAUUAGUUGGUUUGCCCUCUAACUACAAUAAUAUUAUUAUGUUCUUUGUGUGAUCGUAUGAAUGUAUAGGCCGACAUUGAUGAUCGUGUAAACUGUAUUAAGAUUGUUGUGACUUAGUGAGACUGGUUUUUAUAACGAUUUCAAAGAGUACUUUAUUUAUUGUAUAGGCAUUGAUUUUUUCCAUAAAAUUAUAUAUAUAUUUAUAAAUUAUAUAAUCUACAAUAUAAAGAAUGCAGAAUUUCGAGUAAGCAUAAUAUAUGUUUGCAAUUUUAGAUUCUGAGCGAAGCGAAGAAUGUAUUGGUUUUCCAAUGAUAUUUAUUUAUUUAUUAUUUUUUAUCUUGCUCCGGUGUAUCAAGUGUAGCAAGUUUUCUGAAAGGACGUUUUAUCUAGGUAGUACUUUAGGAGGUCAUUUUUUAAUUUUUUAAGUAGUUUUCAUUAAAGUUGGGAAACCCGGGAAGAAACGAACAAGAAAAACAGAUUAAUUUAAGAAAAUAAUUUAUUUAUUAUUUUCAAUUUUGUUUUUUUGUUGUAAUUCAGAUGAAAUCUGACAGAGUUAUCUAUAUCAAAUAUAAGUUAUCUGGACAGAUACAAUUGACAUUUUAAAAUUUUGUUUAAUUUUUAUUUCGUUCUUUUGUAGAAUAAUAUCACUUCGUUAAAAAUCUAAAAAACUACCGUAAUAUUUUGUUAGUUUAAAUAUUUAAAUUAAUAUACAGUAUUGCACAUUAUACCUUUUAGAAAAUACUAUUGACUCGGUAAUUAACUGUGUUAGGAUAAAAUAGGUCAAUAUUUAAAAAUACCAUUACAUUUAUAAUUUAAAGAUUUAAUAUUUGUUCAAUCUUGUCAGUAUAAUAUUACGUCACUAAAAUUUUGUUUCGUACGAGAUAUUUCAACUCAGUACACAUACAUAGAAUACAAGAAAUAAGACAAUAGUAUUACUGUAGAAUUUCACUGACUAUAUUAUCACCUCUCACUGGUAAUUAAUUGCCAUACGUGAAUUUGACAAUAGAAAUCCGAAAGUUUUUCUAUCGUAGUGCCAAUAUUUUGGCACCUUACCAAUAGCUAUUAAGAGAAGAAAUUCAAAAAAUCGACAUUUUUUUCUUUUCAGUCAUUCCAAGUCAAUAACAAUUUAAAAAGCUUUAGUGAUACGUUUAGAAAAUAAAAUAAAAUUGUCUAUUUAAACAAUUUAUAUUGGUUUGUCACUGAAAUUGACGGCAAUAAAUACUACUUAAUAUACACAUAUGCACAUUUUCAUUCUGAAAACUCAAAAUAAUGUUUUGUCUUUUUAAAUCAAAGAUUUUCUUUUUAUGUAUAAAAUGUUUUUUUUUUUUUUACGUAUUUUGUAAGUAAUAAUAUGUUAGUAGUGAUUAUUAAUAUCUUUUGGACAGAUAGUAACAAUAGUAAUAUAUUUGUAUUAUGCAUUAAAGAUAUUUAAUUAUUUCAAUACCUGCGAUUUAAUAAUUUAAAAAAAAAAAAUACAAUUUUUUACAGUGGGUGUACGGAAUCCCAGUGGAGGUAUGUUAUGUUACCAUCUUCCCCAUUGACACAUAUACUUCACAUUAUAGGCCAACAGUAGUGUACCCUUGUAGAUAUGGGUAGUUGGGAAGGUAUAGGAUAUUUAUAAUAACGUACUAUAUUUGUAGGUAAAGUAAUAUUACCAUUGAUAUUACUAAUUUAGUUUAAAUACUAUAAGUGCAAUGAUAGAUGAUUGCGUAUCAUAACGAUUCUGAAAGGAAUUAUAACCAAACAGGGAACGCAAUAAUCAGCGAAAAAUUAAAUAGGUACAAAAAUUUAGAAGUGGGAAAUGGAAAUUUAAAAAAGGUGAUCUCGUUAUUCAAAUCUCAGCGUAGUUAUGUUAUGGAAUUUGUGAAAAACCUGUGUACUCGUAUGUAUACUUUGUUAACAACUAGCUGUGAUCAUUUUUCGUUACCUGUUGAAAAAUAAAUCAAAGAUACCACGGGGUGGGAAAUCUUUGGGUGGUAUGGUGUAUACAUUUCGCAUGCACGGUUAUAAUAAAUAGAAAAUGCAAUUUCGCUCGAAAUUAAAAUUAUAAUAAAUGUGUCUAUUGUGCUUUUGUUCAUUGACAUUUUAAUAAUUACCUAUGUGUCUAGUUUUUUUUUUUGUAAAGAAGAUUUCGUUAAAAUUGAUUUUGUUUUAUUAUAACUGCGUAUACCGCGUCUAUACAAACUACUUCGUUAUAGGACUUCGUAAUAAUAUUACUAGUUUCAUUUUUCUUAUAUUUUCUUAUAUUUUAAAACGGAAAAGGUCCGUUAGUAGGAUCUUUUUCGUGGGUGACGCAGAAUAUAUUAGUCUAUUAUCGUCGGAUCUGUAUCAUUAUACCUACAUCUGUUUUCGUUGGAAAUCAAGAUAUGAGUGCAUUACUUAAAUAAAUUAUGUCUUAUCUCUAUGGACGAGUAGAGCUUGUACGACCUUUUUCGUGGGUGAUGCAGAAAAAAUAUUCUCGAUCAAACGGUGGUUAUUAUAUUAUAUUAUAUUAUAUUAAUUCGAUAUGGACAAAAAUCGAGAUACGACCUUUUUCAUUGUAGUAGACAAUGUGGUAGUGACUGAAGACGCGUACGUGAUCGGCGUGAAAGAUCGGCGCCGCUACUAGAGACUAGACGUCUCUAUAGUUUUUUGAUUUACCAUUGAUUAUGAAUCAAAUUGUUUUGCGUUUUUUUAUUCAUUUUUUUUUUUUUAUUGUCGCGAAAAUCACAUUUAGUAUUCGCGGACCGUGCGACAGUCCACCAGGUACGUCCGAUAUUGGUUGGCUGGUGCGUAGGUAAUGUACGGGCGAAGGUAUAGAAAAACCUUCGAAUUUACGGGAAGGCGUCGGCGGCGUUUAUAUUAAUAUCAUUAUCAUUAUUAUCAUCAUCGUCGUCGUUGUUGUUGUUGUGUAAUACUUAAUAUUAUGCGAUUAUUUGGCGCCGGAAUUCGAAUAAAAAUACCCGUCUAUAUAGCGACGGACACGUCGGAAAUAGCAAUUUAUAUUAUUAUUCGUCUCGAUGACUACACAAUAUAGCGACGUAUAUACGAAUAAUAAAUACACCCGGUAGGUAAACAAAGCGAUUUUUCCCCGUACGACACAUGCGUUCGGGGUGGUAAAAUUGGAAGGGAGGUGGUGAGGAGAUAUAUGCCCUCGUGAACUUUUCCCUUCAAUAUUUAUAAAAAUACGUAUUACACUUAUUUACCUAUAUAUUUUUAUAUAAACAAAACAAAUGUAAGCUAAUAGGUAGUAAUAAUUGUUAAAUAAACAUUUUAAUAAAUCAGCCUUAUCUUCUUCAACUAUAACAAAAUCAUUUGAUAGCCACACACACCGGCGUUAUCUCCACAAGAAUAUUGCAUUUUUUUUUUUGAUUCUGAUCGCAGAGAGAAAUACGAAAUACAAUCAUAUAUUAGCUUUACUCGUUAACAAUAUGACGUGUAUUUUAUUUAUAUUAGUAUCAAAUUUUUCCCGAAAAUAGGGACUAUUUCAUUGUAUUGUAUUUGUAAUAUAUCUACAGCGCGAGUGAUCAGAAUUUUGUGUUACAUCAAUUUUCUCCAAUAAACAUACAAAAUAGAGAAAAUGUAUAAUACAAAUGUUUUUCAAUUUAUAAACAUCUAAAAUAAUUUGUAAAUUUUUUUUCACUAUCUUUUUGGAGGGUUUUAGAAGUCAACUUUUGAAAUUCAAAUGGGAACCUAUAUUCAAAAAUCCAUUUCAAUAGAUGCAGUAGGUAUUAGUUUAAAUACAUUUUGGCGUUGAAAUGUAUUUAAACUAAUACUGCAUCUAUUUAUGGAAUUUUGGAAUUUCCCAUUUGAAUUUCAAGAGUUGACAAAUUAUAAUAGAUUUAGGAGAAAUGUUGUAAAUACAUUUUUUGUAGAACAAAUUUAAUUAAAGUUCAAUAGAUUUUUGUAAUAAGUCUUAUAUUUUUCAAAUAUAAUACAAAUAGUACAUUUACUACGGGUAGUUUAGUGGUUUUUUCACAUUUUCUUAUAACAAAAAUGUAUUAACCUUUAAUUAAAUGUGUUCUAUUGGGCCUAUAUUCAACUCUCUUGGUGCAUAGGAAGGGGAUGAGUAAUUAUGACCAAAUUUCUACAAAGUAACUUUAAUGAGAUAAUAAAAAAAUGGGAGAGUCCAGUAAUAAAAACAAUAAUAUAUGUUUCAUUACCUACAACUAAGGAUCACCCUAAUGUAAAUGUAUAUUAAUGUAUACAUUACAUCUUUUUCCCGGUAUAUUCGGAUACUUUUAGCAGCUUUUUCCGGAUCAUAAAAACUCAAAUUUUGUACUUAGUUUUUUUUUUUUUAUAGACGGGUUGAAGUGAUAAAAUAUUGGUUUUAUUUCAAUAUGAACAUCACCAUGUUGUUGCGGAAAGAGGGUAAUUUUAGAUUCGAGUGAUGUAAAAAAGCUUAUGGUUUACAAAGAUUUUUAUUUUUUAUUAUUUUUUUUUCUUUGAACAACUUUUCUAUCAGAGAUCUUCCUUUGAUGUUUAAGUGUAGCACCUUUUAUGAAAGGAAAUCGGUGUGGGGAAGUACUUUAAGAAGGCUAUUUUUCGAUUUUCUCAGGAGUUUUCUCAUUAAAUAUGAAAAACGGAAAAAAAAAGAAGGAAAAACGGAAAAAUGUAAGAAAUGUAGGUAUUAUAUUAAAGCCUUCUUUUUUUCCUGUGAACAACUUUUCUACUAGCAAUUUUGCUCUGAUUUCCAAUGAUAGCACUUUUUCUGAAAGGAAACCUGACUGGGAAUUUACUUAAAGAAGACCAUUUUUCGAUUUUGUUAAGAGUUUUUCUAGAAAAUGUGAAAAACCAGGAAAAGAAUGGGAAAACCGGGAAAAACGUAGGAAAAACGAAAAAAUCGGUACCUACAUUAAACAAAUAUUAUGAAAGAAAAUAUAUAAUGCCUAUUUAAUUAUUUUACCAUAAUAUGACAUAGGUGUAAUCGUAUAUUGUUUAUUAUAUGUUUGUCUGCUAAUUUUAAUUUUGAUAAUAAUACUUAAAAAUAUAUUAUUUGCUGUCUUAAUGAAUAAAUAAACUACAUACGCCUUAAAGUAACAAAAAUCUGAAAACGUAUGAUAUAUAAAUUGACACCAUGUGUCUCGCAGUGAUAUUUUUAGUUUUAUACUCGGUUAUUAUUUGCUGUCCAAAAACUGUCGCUUUCUGUAGGUCUACGAGCACGUUUUUACUGCUUCGCCCAAAAAACCUUGAUACGACAUCCUGCUAAUAUUUAUUAUAAAUUAUAAUAAACAUAUUGCCUUACAUUCCAAGAAACAAUGACGAUACAAUAUUUGUCGUCAUUGUUUUAUUAAUUAUUAUUAUUAUUAUUAUUCACUCCGAACAAACUAUAUUAUGCACUAUUUCGAUAUGUCUAUAUCUAUAUCAUCGGGUUUUAAAUUUUUUUUCCGUAUUAGCAUUAAAUUGAAUGUUCGUAGUUUAUCGCGUAUCGUUAUUACUUAUUAUAGAAAUGUCUUAUUUGUUUUUACGAUGCACGUGUUAAAACUUAAGCUAAAUAAUAAAUAUAUUGUAACUAUACCUCGAUCUGCAUAUGAAAUAUAACUUUUCGGAUCGGUAUGUAAUUAAACCAAAAAAAAUUGUAUUUUGAAUUAAGGCGUCUUGACAAAAAUAUAGUCUAUUCGAAUUCGUCAUUAAAUGUUCACAUGAUAUAAUUUAGAGGUCUCGAUUUAAAACGUAAAUCAAUACGUUCGUGGAGUCCGUUUAUACGCCGUGAAUGAAAAAUUUUGUAUUCACGUAUAAUUAAUAAUACACAUAGUAAAUAUAUUUAUAAAUAAAACAUUUUUAUAUACAGAGUGAUUUUUUUUAUCAUGAACCAACAAUUAUCUCGAAGAAUUUUAAGUGAAUUUGAAUUCUGUUUUUUCUAAUCGUUAUGGAAUUGUUUAAGCUUUAUUUUAAAGUCAUUUUUAAUUUAUUACCCCUACUCCAUGUAAUUUAAAUAAGUAAAUACUUUUAAUUUCAAAUAAGAACCUCCCCUUUUGAACACAGAAUCUAAUAGAAAAUAUUUUUCUAGAAAUUUUAAUAUGUAUAACACUAAUAUCAGAUUUACCGUUUAUGAAUAAUCGUUUAGAGUUCAGACCGGAGGAGUAGGGAAGGGCUACAGAGAGGCAAUUUAUUACUCUUUUAUUAUUUACUUAUUUAUUUUCUAUUUAAAUCUGUGUUCAAAAGGGGGUUCUUAUUUGAAAAUCAAAAGUAUUUACUUAUUUAAGAUAGAAUGUUUUUUUUUACUUAAUUUUUACUUUAUCAUUUUAUUAUUUAAUAAUACAGGUUAAUUUAAUAUCCGUGUUGAUAGUUGUUUUAGUGUAGUUCACGUAUUCACAUAUUCGUUAUGUAGUUCCUAAGUACUAUAGUGCGAAUAUAAAUAGAAGAUGACUGGCCUUUAUACGUACUGCUAAUGUCGAAUCGAUAACUUAUACGAUUUAUAAAAUUCACGGUUGUAUAGAUACGAAUGUUAAUUUCAAUAGAAAACGUGAAAGCAUGACGUACACGUGAAAUAAUAAUAAUAUAGUUCUAAUAUAAUUUCGCAUAAAACUUAUUUUUUAAGACAGCGCCAUUAGGCCAUUUUUUAAUGAAUAUUCCCUGCGUUUCUAUCGUCCCUUAAAAUAUCUUCUCCGACUACAUAGAUCAAACUUCUCUGCAGCAUUUACUAUUUAUUUUCUAGUGGUAAGCAAAGUAAUAAAAAUCGUAUUCUACUGGAUGUAACUGCGUACAAAUAAAACAAAAAAUUGAAAACAUAAUACAUUUCGUAAAUUUUUCAGUUUUUCCCAUUUAUUAUGAAAAUAGGUUGGAAAUUCAAAAAACAACUUCUUUAAAGUAACUCUUCAGUCAGAUUUACUUUCAAAAAAGUUCUAUACUUCAAAAUCGGAGUAAAAUUGCUGGUAGAAAAGUUGUUCACAGAAAAAUAAAAUAAAUAUAAUUUUAAACCCAAUACAUUCCUCGCUCUGCUCAGAAUCUAAAAUCAUAACGAUAUUGUAAACGGUUUGCGCUAAUAUAAUAUAAGUUAUUCGAGAGUUGUUUGUAUAAUACGAUUUUGAUUUGUUUUCUGUGAUAUAGUCUGUAGAAGUAGUAAAUAUUAUUUUGUUAUAGCAAUUCAAGCAAAUUUCAUCUUUUAAAUUAUUCAGCUAUUGUGUAUACAUAAAAUAAUGUAUAAUGUAUUGUAUAGUGUUUUGAUAAUUUGUCUGUCUACCGGAUAUAAGCGCAUAACUAAUAUAUAAAUAUUAUAACGUGCGAGGUACACGUGUGCCAAUAUAUUAUUAAUUCGACAGCAUUCUAAUCACAUAUUGUAAUUAAAACCCGUUGGCCUGUCGGUUGUCAAACCCAAUAAAUUGUUAUUGACCGUAUUUGCUUGCCAUCUAAUCCACCUCACUUAUUUAAAGAUGCUUAAGUUUAAAUAGCUGUCCUAGGAUAAUGGUGACGAUAAACCAUUGCUAACGAUUCUGAGUGGAGUGUUCAGUUAUUAGUGUUGCUUUGUCAACAAUAUAUUAUAAUAUGCCACAUUAGGGUAAAAUAAUUACAUAAGCAUUAUAUUAUUUCUUUAAUUUGUUUAAUAUUGUACCUAUUGUCUCGUUUUUCCUACGUUUUUCCCAUUCAUUGGGAAAACUCCUAGGAAUAAAAAACUCCAAAAAAUUAUCUCCUCAAAAUACCUCCCCAGUCAGAUUUCCUUUUAAAAAUGUGCUGUCAUUAUAAAUUGGAGCAAAAUUUCUGGUAGAAAAGUUGUCCAUAAAAGAAAAAAAAACAUCUUUGUAAAACCAUAAGCUUCUACACUCCAUUUAGAAUUUAAAAGUUGACUGAAGCUGAGUUCUCGCCUAAGACCAAAGACAUAAAAGACUCAACACAGUGAAAUAAUCUCUAUUUUUAGGGAAAAUUUGACAAAAAUGUUUACAAGUAGUUAAUCAUAUUUAUAAACCUAUUAUAAUUUAUAACCAACAAAUAACCAGCCAGGUACCUAUCUAGUACUAGUAUCUACGAAUAAAAACAAAAAUCAAAUUAUGAAAUAAUUGUAUGCCAUGUUGGCAGAAUACUAAUGCAGUAUAAAAAUAUUCAGUGAAGAAAAAAACAUGAAUUUUUCAACGAAACAUUAUUAUUAUCAUUAUAGCGCGGACAGUUGUCGAAAAUUAUGAGUACUCAGCUUUUUAGAUUCGUUCGAACGAAGUCAUACAAAAUAUACGAAUAGCCAGUAGGUGUAUGCAUUGUAGUGCUUACACCUAUACCUAUCACCUCAAGGACCUCAAAGUAAACCCAAGGAUUUAUAACGCACACAGUCGAAUAAUAUUCUUCACUCGACUAAAUAUAAAUUGAUAAAAUGUUCAAUUACGACAAAACGAAUCGAUAUUCAUAAACAGUCAAUACACACAUUUCAUUGAAUUAACCAUAUUAUAUUACAAUAUCGUUAAAAACGAUGCGCCGACGAACGAUUAAAUUGGAAGAAAAUGGUAAUAACGACACGUUUGCGGGCGACCGAACAUCACAUUCGCACGAUACAUUCUAAUUAAGAAUAUAAUGUUUAGUUAUAUGUAUACUGCGAAUUGACUUGACGUUGAUUCGACGGCUAUAUAGGUAGUGUAACAUAAUAAUAUUAUGUGUAUCACGACUCGCAAAUCAUAAUAUAGGUAUCUUAUAUUUACAGUAUAUAUAUAUGGGUAGGUACCAUUACGUUUUCAGAGCAUUGUACGUUUGUUGAAUAUUUUUAUUUGAUUGUAUAAUAUAAUAUAACUAGGUAUAGGUAGGUAAGUAUAUAUCGGUACAUGCCAAUAUGUUUGCCAUUAUAGGUAUCAUUCUUUUUUUUUAUUAUUAAAUCAAUUUUCACGAAAUUUAUUGAAUUUAUAUUAAUAUAAUAUACUCGUACGUAUUUUUUUUUUUAUUUUAAUAGAUACCCAUGUUCAUUAAUAAUGAGAGGUCACACGAUUGUAUUGUGCAACAUUGGCAAAUUAUUAUUAUUUGUUUUAUGUCUUCGUAAAUGUAAAAUCUAGUUUAUGAUAAUUGAUUGAGUUGCCUAUACGGUAUGAGUGGUAACCUAAUCUAAUAGCCGAUACAGUGAAAUUAAAGAAAACAAAACUUGCAAUAUUAAUAGUAAUUAAUCGUCAAUUGUAAAAAUUGCAAUAUUCGAAUGAAAUAAUAUUAUUUUAUAAUGCUUAUUUCUACAGCAGUUAGGUAUUUAGGAUUUUGCCGAGGAAGAAAAUAUUGAUUUUAGAAAUGGUGCCAUUUUGUACAACGUAUAGGCUAAAAAAACCGACCAAUUUUUUAUUUAUAUAUUUUUGUUUAUUGAUAAAUAAAUCAGCAAAUCUGCCUUGAAAUUAUCAUUGAAAUCAAGUAACUAUAGGUACCUAAUAGAAACUAUAUAGAACCUAUUAUAGUUAACUUACUAUUUAGAUUCCUUAUCUACCGUGUUUAAAAUAUCAUAUAGUGGCUCGGAUAGAUUUUGUUUUAAACAAGAAAAUCAUAGACGUAUCUAGGGGGGUUUGAGAGGAUUAUCCCCCUAUUUAAAAUAUUAACCACUCUAGAGUGACUCUAGAGCUUAGACCAUUUUAAUUUUAAAAAUAUUUUUUAUUUAUAUUUGACUCGAUGUUUAAAAAUGUAUUGUUAUCUAUGUCGUUCAGCUAAUUAAAUUGAAGGCGAAGACCACAAAAUAAUUUUUGAAACUCAUAUUUAUUAUUAUCGUCAUUUUACGUUUCACAUGUGAAUUACACUUCACUUGUUGAACAUGAACGCACAGAAAAUGUAAAAUUUAGUGCUAAUAUUAUUUUAGAUUUAGGUGAUUUAGAUUCUGACCCAGCAACACCAAUAUUAGAAGUAAGCAUUAUAUUUGUAUAACUUACCUACAUAAGUACAAUUUAAUUUUACCUUUUGCUUUUGCUUAUUCAUCACAUUCUGACUCAAUGUAUAUCUUAUAUUUGGAGAGAAUUCCAAAUUAAAAUUAAAAGUUUAUUGUAGUAGUUCUUAUCACUUUACUUAUAUGACCAAAUGGUUAGGCUAUAAAAAAUCAAAAUUCACAGGAUUUGUUCAUACUUUAUUAUCAAAUGUUAAUCGUGAAAAUAUAGGUAAUUAUAAGAACUAAAAUUAUAUUAAAUGCCUAAUAAAUGUAAUUUUUUUAUAGGGAUUUUAGUAUUUUUGAAUUUAAUUCAGAGUCCUAUGCCAUAGAACAAUGUUGGCAUCAUUUUAUUCUUGUUUUAAAAUAAUAUUUCAAUAAUCAAGUCAUGUCUUAAACAAUUGUAAUUUUUUUUUUUAUUAGGUAAUUUUAAGAAAACUUGCAAGUUAUUUUUCAUACAUAAUUCUGAUUUUCAAAAUCAAUACUAAACAUACUAAACAACUAAAAAUACUCUUAUUGAUAUUUGUUCAAAUUAUGUUCGUGACUAUAUCAACAACAAAGUAAAAAGUGCACAAUGUUACUCUAUUAUAUGUGAUGAAGCUAGGUAUAUCUCCUGAAAUUGUAUACGUUUUAAAUAAAUAUUACAUUACAUAAUAAUAUAUUUUAGAUGACAUAAACAAGAGAAAAUAUCGUUUGUGUUCCAUAUACUAACAAUUUUGAAGUAGGUUAAGUUAAAAAAUAAAUGUUUUAUUUUGAUUUAGAUUAUGGUGUUGAUUAGAUUUAUUGUUAAGUAAAUUUUUAUGUUCUCCCAGCCAGAUUCACGUAUUAUUCAGGGUUAUAUAUAGUCGUCAUGUUUAAAUAUAUUAAUAAGGCUAUAAAUCCCUUGUAUUAAAUUAACAAUAGUUUUUGAGCUUAUUCUAUGAUUUAUCCAUUUAAAGAGGUAAUUUCACUUAUUUGUAAUGCACAUUCUUUCAUUGUCACUUUUUAGAGCAUAUUUAUAAUACAUUAAAAAUUUGUAUGGGGUUUCAGCCCCCCCCCCAUUAUAUUUAAUCACCCUACGCCCUAUUGUACCUAUUUUCCCGUUCUCCGAUUUUUUCUCCGUUUUUUCCAUCUUUUCCAGUAUAUUGAGAAAACUCCAUAGAAAAUCAAAGUACCUCUUUAAAGUACCUUAAGACCAGUAAGAAAUUUCCUUUUAGAAACAUUGCUAUUAUUAAAAGUUGGAGCAAAAUUGCUGGUACAAAAGUUGCGCACAGAUAAAAAAAAAUAAACAUCUUUGUAAAAUCAUUAACUACUUCGCUCCACUCAGAAUCUAAAAUUAAAUUUAUUCCUCAUAAUUAUUCACUCAACCGUUUGCCGUCAAAAUUUGAUAUUAAAAUUCUUUUAUAUAAAAAAAAAAUACUACAUUAAACUCAAAUUGUUUUUACCACAAUGUAAGACUCUAAAUGAACCUCCAGUUAAAUGUUCACAUAUUUCUGUUAAGUCAAACAAUUUUACCACAUAGUACCUACCGAUUACAAAUUAUGUAUAAAACUUUCAAAAUGUCAAUAAAUAACUCAAAAAUGGCUUAUAUUUGAUGUAAAUAUUUAAAUUUGCGAAGAAACCCACUACUUAUAAACAGUGAAAGUGGUUAUUUUUUGUGGGGGACCGCUCGCCCCUCAUAAAUUCAAUUUCCCAAGGGACUCUAGACUUCCAGAGGCCUCCUAAAUCCGGCUCCGGUCUCCUUCGUAAAAAGAAAACUCGACGCUCGACCACACCCGGACGAACGGUAUAUUAUAUAGAUCAACGGUAACGGGGAACGGGUUUCCCAAUGAUAUAUUAUUGUGUUUGUCUCGGCGAGAAAAAAAACGCCAACAUAAUUAUUUGAAAAUCAACCGGCGCGCGUCGUCGUCGUGUACAAUAUAAUCGUGUUUGGUAAUUACGACGUGACGCUCGGUGGCGGACCGCGCCGCGGCACGAACCCGCGGUGGCGAAUGCGAAAAUAAUGAUAAUGAUAAUAAUGACGAUAAUCGCGCGGACAUUAUGCGACGGCCGCGAUCGCGUCGUCGGACACCACGGCGAAUAUUGCGAUCACGUACCGGCGCGCGCGGACGUCGAAACGAUUCGCUAUUUGUUUUGCGCGCAAAGCGGCCAAUCAAUGAGGUAGUGGGUUCAUAAUAAAAUUAUUAUUGUUGCGGGCGAUGGCUGCACAGGCCGCACCGUAAUGAAAUGGUGGCAUUAACGUUCGCGCCGCCGCUCGUACGCUCGUCACCGGUCCGGCAUUUUUAGUUUUUCUCGGCCUCACCGUGCACCACCCGGGGAACCCGUCGCGUAUAAUAUUUAUAAUAAUAACGUCAUACACUCGCCCCGCAGUCGGGUACACCGGUCUGUCGCUGUCGCCGCGUCGUUCGAUCCCGUCGAUACAGCCGCAGCGUACCGCGCGCGCGCGCGCGCCACAAAGUUUAAAAACACAAUAAAACUGUGCGAUCCGCCGCCGCAGGGAGACAUGACAACGUCGCGAGGCGCCAAAGGUGUCGCGGGUUCGGGUGAAAAUAAUCGAGCGGAUGCGGUCGCCGUGGCAACGGUGGAUGCGGUCGCCGCGACAUCGGUACCCGCGGCCACGACCGCCGUCGCCGCCUUCUCCAGGCCGUCGUCGGCGGUGGUCGUGAGGAGCGCAUACAAGCAGUACGGCCAGACGGCCAUACUGAAAGACUUAAACCUAACGAUUCCGGACGGUAAAAUGUGAGUGAACGCUCGAACCCUUGGCCGGGUAGUGGGGGACGGGGAGCAAGGCGAAGGGACCGGCCGCGAUGUUUCGUCCCUUCAAGACUCUAAGCGGAGUGAUACGAACGUAUUGAUUAUGAUACAUGCGUUUAUUAAAUUGCAUUUUAUUUUUUUGUCUGUAGACAACUGUGUUAACUAAAAAUCUUGCUCCAAUCAAAAAAAAGUCAGAAAAUCUAUUUCAUUGCAUUCGGAUUCUAUUAGACACGUAUUGAAAAGGUUGUUUUUCUGGUUUUUCAAACGGAUUUCUUAAUAAUCGGGCAGAACUGGAAAAAAACUUAGUCACUUUGGAAAAACGAGAAAGUCUAAGGAAAUAACGGUUCCGUUAUUUUCAAUUUUGUUUUUUUUUUUUGGUGUAAUUCGGUUAAAUAUAUUCGUAAAGAGCUGACAUUUUCACAUGUAUUUUUAUUGGACUUUUCUAGACGUGAUAAAAUUUUGAAAACAUUCUGAUGAUUUUUUAAUUAAAAAAACAUAUCUUAUUAUAGAUAUGUUUUUAUACAUGGACUGUAUAUUUUGUCGUUAAUAAUAUUAUUGGUUCCAUAAUUUUUCAUGUAAAUCUCAGAUAAAAGAACAUUUAAAUGACCACCCAUAUAUUUAUUUACAAGUAUAAAUCAUUUUAAUAAUUUUGUUUUCACUUUAUUAUUUUAUUAAAUUUCAAUACUUAAUGUGUAUUAUAUAUAAUACGGACGAAUCGUACAACUUUCUUUUAUAUAAUCCGGAAACAAGAACGUCAACAGUCUUAUAUUUAGGGGUUCUAUAUAGGGGCAAGUUAUUAUAAUAUUUUAAAUCUAAUAGCCACUGCAAAAAGAAGAAAAUUUGCGCUGUAUAUUGUUGUUUUUAUUCGUUCGACAGAACUAUACCACACAAAAACUUACCCAAUUUAGUUUAAAAAACAUAAUACUACCAAUUAGAUUUUAAUACAAUGAUAAUUUAUUUUUGAUGUUAUAGUAUCGACGGAAUAAAAAGUUAUGUUUCACAGUACAAUUCCCGCUUUUGUUUGGAGAAUAUUUAGUUAUUUAUUAAUAAUUAUUGUCCUAGUGAUUCAUGCCCACACGAAAUGGUUUUCAUACUUUCCACACAUGAUUUUUUGGACUGUCAAUAUUUUUAUUAAAUCUAAUGGUAAAAUUGUGUGUCUGUCCUUUUUCGCCAAAAAUAUACACAGAUUGAUCCACUAAGUGUGCUCAGUCCAUUUUUUUUUUUUUUUUUUUUAUCAACAAAUUACAUAUCACUAAAAUAAUCAACUAUUAAAAAUUCUAUAAAUAGAUGGAGUAUUACUUUAAAUAAAUUUUGGUGUUAAAAUUUUAGAUUUCUGUGAACCCGUUGACGAGGUAUUUAAUGCUUUAAUUUAGGUAGGGGGAGAGUAAUGGAGCACUAUAAAACGCCGCGUGCCGUGUCUCCGCACAAAUGAUACUCCACUACUCUUUCCUAAUUGUAUAAGGUACCUAUGGUGCAAAAGUUUUUGGUGAAUUUUUAGCAUUUUUGUUUUUUUUUUUAUCAACAAAUUACAUAUCACUAAAAUAAUCAACUUUCUCACUUCACUCGAAUCGUAAAAAAUAUCUGCAUGCAUAGAACAGCAUAAAAUAUUAUUUACUUCAAAGGCGUAACCAGAGAUUGGAGAUCAGAUCACAUAGAUAAUAAUAAUUUUCCUAAUAAUUUUCCCAGCAAAUGUGAAAAACCUGAAAAAUAUUAAACAAAUAGUAUUAAAGAAAAUAUAUAAUGCCUAUUUAAUUAUUUUACCAUAAUAUGACAUACAUAUUGUUGACAAAGCAUCACUAUCAACUGAUCUCCGCUUAGAAUCGUUUUUAAUAAGCAAUGGUUAUCGUUGCUUACAGAUACAAAUUAGUUUCCUCUCUAUAUACUACCUUUCCAACUUUUCACCAACAGUGGCUGCAUCUGUCCCUAUUAUCCUAGAACCGUUUUUUAUAUACGUGUUUCCAUCUGCGUAUUUGUACAACGUAAAAAGGUAAAAAGGUCUGUGUAAGAGAUUAUAUAUUUUUUUAGGGGACAGAUAAAAAGUUAUAUCCUACACAGACAUUUUUCUAUUCUUUGGAAGCCCGUUUUAUGUGCGUACCCGUAUUGACAUCAUGUAUCUUGGAUGGUGUAUGUUGACGCAAUAUAAUAAUAUUAUUUCGUUAUAAGUCGACCAUACUGGUUAUUAUACUCGUAGUUUUCGAAGUCUAAUGACUUAUGAUUAUUUGUACAUAUAUUCUGUAUGGUUACUACUAGAACAGACUACAGAAUGCUACUAACAUGCAUACCAUCUCUAUACCGAAAUAUCAAUAAGUUUUGAAUGCAUGUAUUACCAUACAUGACAGUAAAAACUUAACAGUAAACUUGACAGUGACAGUAUUUUAACGCUUUAAUUUUUUUUUUUUUUUAAUGAAAAUUUGGAUCUAUACAUGUUAUUGACUACGAAGACAAUUUUAUUCGAUUACAUCGAAAAUUCGAAAAAAACUCCUGAAAAAACGCACGUAAAUUCGUGAAAAUUCCAUAGCUGAAACGAGCGUCAUUAGUUUUACCCAUACUGAUAUACCUAUGUAUAUUAUACUAUUAUAAUGAUAUUUUUAAUUUACACAAACUUAAUAUUGUCGUUAACAGUUAUCAAUCUUUGCCGAUCAAUAACAAUAUAUUAUUAUUAGAAGCUAUAACAAUAUUGUAUGCUAAAUGAUAAUAUAAAACAAUAAAUAGGUAGUCAAUAUCAUUGGAGUUUUAACCGUUUAUGAAUGAAAAUAUUUACACCGAGUUAAUAUUUUUUUUAAAUAUUAAAGACAUUUCAGAAAAGUUCCAGGACCCCUGAACACCCUCCCCUUCCCCAGAUAUAGCCUUGUGGUUCGAAGUAUGUCAGCUUUUUAUAAAUUAACAUUGUACCAAAAAUAAUAUUAUUAUAGAUAGGUGUACUUAUGAUAUUGUAUUUGUAAGCAAUUAUUUGUUUUCAGAUAUGGGCUAUUGGGACCUAGCGGCUGUGGAAAAACAACACUUUUGAGUUGCAUUGUAGGCCGAUUGCGUUUAGAUUCCGGAGAAAUAAAACUAAAAGGCAAACACAUUUCUGAUAUAGGUUAUAUGCCGCAGGUAAUGAUAAUACCGUUAUUAUAACGUUCAUGUCUAUGUGCUAUUUCAUAUAUUAUUUUUUUUUCUACGCGUGUUUUUUGAUAUAGGAAUUAGCGUUGCACAACGAGUUAUCUAUAAAAGAAACAUUCACAUAUUACGGUUAUAUAUUUAACCUUUCGGAUGAUGUUAUAGAAAAAAGAGGCCGAGAAUUGAAGGAGCUCUUGAAAUUACCAUCGUACAGUUUAAGUUUGAACGAAAUAAGGUAAAUCGAAAAACUUUGUUUGCGACGAUGUAUUAUUUAUUAUUUUAUAUUGGAAGUAUUACAAUGUGUUUUUAAAACUGUUUGUAAAAUUAUAUUGUCUAUAAAUAGUGGUGGUCAACAGAGAAGAGUAUCCUUGGCAGUAGCGAUGCUUCAUGAUCCAAAGCUAUUAAUUUUAGACGAACCAACAGUCGGCUUGGAUCCUUUGAUAAGCCAAAGGUAAUAAAAUAGAUCCAUUUGAUGUUUAUCGUUGGCUAGUUUAUCAAUAAUUACAUCUUGCUCCGAUGUAUGCGACGCAGACCUUUUUCUAAAAGGCAAUUUUCUUGGGAUAGUACUUUAGGGAGGUCAUUUUUUGAUUUCCCCGACAGUUUUUUCAAUAAAAGAGAAAAAGUGGAAAAAAAUGUUAGAAAAACUACGAGAAAAGUACGAAAAUAAUGCUUUUAUUAUUUGUUCAAUUUGUUUAUUUGUUGUAAUUCAGUUAAAAAUAUUCGUAUAGAUUUUACGGACAUAAAAUUUGGAAUCUUAUAUUUUCUUUGUCUAGACGUGGUAAAGUGGUAAAAUUUUCAAAAAAUUUAAGCCAUUUUUGAGCUAUUUAUAAACUAUUAAAUUUUGAGAAUUUUAUACGUAAUUUUUAUUCGGUAGGUACUUGGGUAAAAUUGUAAAACCAAACAGAAAUGCGUGAAAAUUUAACAGAAGGUUCAUUAAAAGUGUUAUUUUGUGGUCAAAGAAAUUUGAGUUUAAUGUAGUAUUUUGCUUAUAAAUAAAUCUUAAUAUCAAAUUUUGAUGAAAAUCGUUUGAGUAAAAAAUUAUGCGGAACAAGUCUAAAUGUCCAAUUUUUUUUUUUUUGUAUAUAUUGUAUUCAGUUUUGUUAGGUAUACUGCCGUUUUAAGAAUAAUGGUUAAGUCAGAAUUUAGCAGACUGACCAAGUUUCGAAAUAAGAGCUUUUUGAAGUUCUGAUAUUAUGCGGAUAUUUUAUGUUUUAUAAAAUAAUUCUAUAUUGUCUACUCUUUAAUAUGUUUGUCACAGCCGAAUGAUUAAACAUACCUUUUGUCAUCCUAAGAGUCGCGAAUUCAAACCCGUGUUGUGAAAAAAUUGUUUACACUUAUUUUUAAAAAACAAAUGCAUUUUAGGUGUAGGUUAGGUUAGCAAAUCGCUCCGGCAGGCUAUUUUAAUUGAAAAAUACCAUAAGAUUUGUUAUGCAAACUUUUCAACCAGAAAUCUUGCUACGAUGUAUCAAGUGUAGAUUAUUUUCUGAAAGGAAAUCUUAUCUACAUGGUAAUAUGGGGAGGUCAAUUUCUUGAUUUUUCAAGCGCUUUUCAUUAUAACUGGGAAAAACCGGGAUAAAAUGUUGGAAAAACAGAAAAUGUAGGUAUUAGUAAAAAAAUAUUAUGGUCUUUUUUUUCUAUAUACAACUUUUCUACCAGCAAUUUGGCUCCGAUUUAAAAUGAUAGCACUUUUUCUGAAAGGAAAUCUGACUGGGAAAGUACAUUAGGGAAGUCAUUUUUCGAUUUUUCCAGGAAUUUUCCCAAUAAAUGGGAAAAAUUGUGAAAAACGGAGAAAAAUGUAUCAAAUAUAUUAAAUAUAGUAAAUAAAUACAUAAAUAAAAAAAAUGUAUAUAUUCAUAUAAAAAUUAAUAAAUGUGUCACCUGGUAUCAUAUUGAUAAUUGUUUUAUACAAAAUAUAUUGAUAAAAUAUUACAAUUUUGUUUUCUGUGGACAUUUCUACCAGCAAUUUUCCUUCGUUUUUUCGUUAGCAAUGGUUUAUCGUUGCUUACAGGUAUACAUUAAAUUAUCUAUAACAGCAGUGGCUGCAGCCAUCUCCAUUAUCCUAGGACGUCUUCUUUUUUUUAAUUAUUUAAUUGUCUAGUUUUUGUAAUGCCAAAACGAUUCCUGUAAUGUAUAUAUUGGCUAGUUGCGUAUGUGUAUGUUAAUUUGCUUAUACCUAUGCUAUUUUUACGGUGUUUAUUCAUUUUAAUUGGGUUUUACCCAACUGCAACGAGAGUCUUUAUUGUUAGCGCACAUAAACUAACACUAAUAAUUAACAAUAUUUUUCUAGUAUUUGGGAGUUGCUAUUAGAUUUAACGGCUAAUGAAGGAAAAACAGUGAUAAUCACCACGCAUUACAUCGAAGAGGCAAAACAGUCACAAAUGGUAAAAUAAUAAUUUCAGCACAAACAUUCGAAUAAUAUAAUAUUUUACAACAAAUUACCUACUUAUUUGAAAACAUACAUAGAUCGGCUUGAUGAGAAAAGGUACACUUCUUUCGGAAGCAUCGCCUACAGAACUACUGACUUCAUGUAAUUGUUCAUAUCUGGAAGAAGCGUUUUUAAAGAUUUGUCAAAACCAUGUGGCCAAGACCAACAGUUUCAAAAUACCAGUAAAACAAGUACGCUUUGCAAAAUAUUUUAAUUUAUCCAUAAGGAUUUACUCAUGUGAAAUAAUUUAGAUACCUACCUAUAUUAAUAUAGGUAAGUAUUGAUCAAAUUCUUUAAAAUUAUUAUUUUUUAUUUACACUAUUUACAAAAAUAUUUAAUAUUUAUCUGUCCCACCUGGUGUAUUGCCCAUGACAGUCCACAACUUCGACCGUAACCAGUUUACAUUUAGUUUUAGACCUUCCCAGGAACCGACCGUUCAAGUUCAAUUGAUUGGUGCACGUUGGAAAGAUUUCCUUUAAGCUUACCGGGAAUAUCCAAUUUAAGUCCUAAAAUCACCUUAUUUCCUCCCCCUUCUCCCCAUUCGAAGUGCCACUGUAAUAUCUUUGUCAAAAUUGUACAUUGUUUAUUUGUAUGACUUUUAAUUUAUUAUAUAUAAUAGGCAUAGAAUUCCUUUUAACUUUCACACCCGUUUUCAAUCUUUACGGCCUGUUACACAUUUUUAAAAUUGAGAUGCAGGGGGUUUAUUGGUUUCAACACUAUUUAUGUGUAUGCAUUGAUACUCGUAUAAAAUCGUUACUCGGAUGUUAAGUUACAAUAAUAGUUAGUGUUAUAGAUUUCGGGUUAGGUUUUUUAUCGGUCAAAGGGAAUUGGAGGGUUGUUUUAGGAUAGAGAUUGGUAGUUCUCAUUGAGCUAUAUCCAAUGAAUUAAUAACGAUGAUUCUUAAUUAAAACCCCUAGAAGAUACAAUUUUUUUUUUUUAAAUUAUUCAUAGUUUCUAUUAGGCGUUUACAAAUUUUUAGGCGUCUAACUUUUUUUUCUACUGGUUGAAUCGAAAAUUUUUAAUAGCCUACCUAUCUCUGACAACAUGAAUCGUUUCACAAAAAACCAUAUAAAAAUUGAUCCAGCAGUCUUUGAGUCUAGAGAUAUACCAACAUCUAUUCACAUAUAUAUAUAUAAAAUAGACUAAUAUCCUAAAGAAAUGUACCUAUACAUUACAUACAUUAACUAUUAAAUCUUAAAUUUAAGAUGGCUGCAUCUAAGUUCCGCCCCAAUAACCUUUUUUAUACCAAUUCCGUCCCGUGUGAAAAAAAAGUGUAUGCCAAUUCUGUCCCAGGUUAAAAAUGUAUAUAUACUAAUUCCGUUCCGAUUAAAAAUAAGUAUGUACUUAUUUCGUCUCUAUUAAAUAGGUAACUGAAGUAUUACAAUAUUACUAUAUAAGUAUAAUAAAAAAUUUUAAAUCCAGACAUGGAGACGCACAAAUAAUAACUGGAAAGUUUAAAAGUUAAAUAGUAUUAUCUUUAUUUCUAAAUAAUAUAAAAUUGUUAUCGUUAGUCAUAUAUUUUACAAUACACUAAUAUAAUGCAAAAAUAUAAAAAGGGACGGAACUCGUACAACUAAAUAAAUUACAUGGGAUGGAAUUAUUAUAUCCAUUUUAAAUCCCGGGACGGAACUAGUGUAUCCUUAAAUUCAAAUGUUACAUUUGGGACAGAACUCGGAUGCAAGCGUGAAGAAUCCCAUUAGUUUAAUGACUUUUUACAUAUUUUAGUUAACAUUUUAUAAUUCUAUAGUCAUCGAAUUUAUAAUAGUACGAAUUUUAAAUUAACAAAAACUAAAAAAUAGCAUUAAAAAUUGUUUUUUUUUUUAAAGAAAAUAGGGUAUAUUUUUGGGUUUAUUCACUUUAUUGUCGUAUCAAGAUAAAUUAAUCUUCUAUAUACCAUACGAUACGUGAAUCACAUUAUCUAAAUUACAUCGAUAAUAUAUUCAUAAAUUAAACAUAACGAGAUAAUAUAAUAAUAAAUAUUAACAUUUCAAACACAUUUAUUUAAAACAUAUUUUGAAAAAAUGUAAAAACAAAAAAAAAAGUACCCAAAAUACCCCAAAAAAGCGUUAAUGUACAAAAAACGCAAAAAAAGCAAAAUAAAAUGUUAUGUACUUUACUCUAAGUAGUAUAAAUCGAAUUUGUAGCUAACAUAGCUUCGUUUUAGAGCAAUAGAAAAAAAAGCAAUUGCCUUCAAAAUCCGUAUUCUAGUCAUCAUUAAUAAUAAAAACGAUCAUGAUUUCAUGUGUAUACAGCCAACAAGGAGAUUUUCUUAUGCACGAGAUUUGCCACCACCGCCAUUGCUGAACAACAAAUUAUUCACUUUCGGUCGGUUCAAAGCGCAAGUGUGUAAAAACAUGUAUCUAUUACGAAGGAAUAUACCGUAAGGAUUUAAUUUUUUUUGUUUAUAAAAUAUAAAUAUUCAUAUUAUAAGUUUUUUAUUUAUAACUUUUUAUUCUUACAUAUAUAUAUAUAUUUGUAGGUUCACUCUAUUUGUGAUAUUCUUACCGCUUAUACAAACAGUUUUAUUUAACAUUGCUUGUGGCCAUGAUCCGAAACAUUUGUCUUUGGGUAUAUUAAACGAAGAGUUUGUGGGCAACUCAGGCAAGUGUUCGCUAACUCAGACCAAAAAUUGUUUUUUGGACGAAAAUGUGUCGGUCAGUUGUUUAGUAUUAGAAAGAUUAAAAGAAAAGACAUUUGAAUUGGUAAUUUAAAUUGAUAUUUAUUUAUAAUUUUGAUAUUUGACUGAUUAGUUAAGGAUAAGAGGAUAUUGUCCUUAAUCUGAAUACAAUUUAAUAAUUGUUAAUAUUGUAAAUUGAGUGUAUAAUGCAAUUUGACUUAUAGGUAGAAUAUACCAAUGAAGAAGAUGGAAAAUAUGCAGUGAAGGAAAACAAAGUAUGGGGAUUCAUUCACUUUUCGAAAAAUUUUAGUGAUAACUUAGCAAUCCGUUUUAACGAUGCCACGGAUAUUUCUGAUGAAAAUGGAACGGAUAUUUCUGACAGCAUGUUUGACAAAGGAACGAUUCAUGCAUGGGUUGACAAUACAAGUAAAAUUUUAUAUGUUUACCUACAUACUAUUUAUUUUUAAGAGUUCUGUCUAUUUACUUUGUACAUACAUAUGUUGAACAUCAUAGGCCGCAUAUCUUACCAACAUGUUUUGUUUUUAAUAUAACCAUAAUUAUAUUGUUCGGUAACUAAUUGUUUCAAAUAAAACCGUAAAUAAAUAUUACUACAAAAUAAUUUAAUUAAUUAUACAGUUUAUAAUAAUAAUUGUUGUACUUAAAAGUUGGUUUUUAAAUAUCACGCUAUCGGGAUUGUAAUGUAGUAACUCAAAAAUAUAAUUUGAAACUAUACCAGUUUUUCAAUUAAAAAAAAAAAAGAUACAUUUUUUUUACGAUUUACUUUCAUAAUUCAAGUAGGUAUUUACAAUAUUAAAUAAGAAUAAUAAUGCUCUUGAUGAAAUAGUGUAUAUUAUUUAAAAAUAAAACACGUAUCACUAUUGUAUUACAAUUAAUUUAAAUAUUUAUAGUUAUUUAACUUAAUUACUAAACUUUAAUAACUUAAAUAUUUAUGAUAGUCACUACACUAGUUUAUUAACUAAAAAGAAUUAAAAAAAUGAAACAUCUGGUGAUGAGAUAGUUUCAGUUUUUAAAAUUAAAAAAUUUUAUUUAUAGAGUACAUAAAUCCAAAAUUGUAAGAUAAUAGACAGAUUAUUUUUUAUUUUAUAGGUAUUUAAUACGUUAAAUCUUUAAACUUCUUUUCUUAAAAUAUGAUUUUCCGAAUUACUACACUACCCUUCUGAUAGUGCAAUAUUAAAAUGUUUAUUUUAGUCAUUAGAUUUGACAAAAAUGCAAUUAUAAUAUUUAUUGUUAAUAUUGCAUUAUUGUAAAUGAGGUGUAUUUUUCAUAAAUACAUUAUUAUUUUUGCUGAAUAAUUAUAUUCAAUAAACGAGAUAUUUUAUUAUAAUUAAUGAUUUUUUUUUAUAUAUAUAUAUUAUAUAUGUAUAGAUAAGUAUAUGUAUGACAUGAUAAAGAAGGAAGUUUUCGAAAGUUACACAGAUGUCGUAGAUUCUCUUUUUAACAAAUGUAAUAAAUCAGAAAAACUUGGUAACAUUCCUAUUCGCGUAAGUGAUACAAUUUUUUCAAAUUUGUCUACGCUUAUCUAUCUUUAUACAAUAGUUCACCUAACAUAAUAAUGUAUAACAAUCAUGAACGCCAACUGGGAGAAGGGCAAGUUCAAUCACUGAAAUUAAAAGAAAAUACAUACAUAUGUUUUAAUAAAUCAAAACUAAUAUUUUUUUUCCCUAAAAUUUUGAAAUAAAUAUUUACUAAAUUUCUAUUAAAAUAUCAUUGAUUACAAUAAAGGCAAUAAUUAUUCUUGGUGAAAAAUUGUAUUUAUGUUGUUUAAUUUCUAUUCGCAGCCAGGGGCGUCAUUUUCGGGGUGCAAGAGUAUAAUAAUGCAUCCCAUGCAUUCUUUUUAGCGCACCUAAAAUGUGUGUUUGUACAUAAUUAAUUUCAUACAAGUUAUAUUUCAAAACUCUUAUUAUGCAAUUUUACAAAAAUGUUUUUUUUGUUAUUACUUAUAAUUUUAACAGCAUCAGAAGACAUACACACAGUUAUAAAUAAUAUAAUAUUGGUAUUACUGUACCGACUACCGAAUAAAGAUAAUUUUCUAAAUUAAAGCUUAUUUUAUUAAUAUACUAUAAAUUACUUAUAUACUUACAUGUCUAUGCAUUUUUUAAUACUGACGAGUUGUUUUAUUAUUUUGUUUAAAUUUCAAGACGUAGGUACCUACUCGUAAUUAAAUUAUGCUUAUUUAAAAAACCUAUAGGUAUUGUUUAGUUAUUUCUACCUAUAUGAUGUUUUUUAACUUAUUAUAUUUAUUAUACUAAUAUACUAUACAUAAAAUCUAUAUUGUUUGUUCUGAUAAUAAACGUAUUAAGUAGGUAAUUUGUGUGUAUUUCAAGUUAAUAUAAAAUAAAUAAUCAAUAUUAAAAAUAAUUUGAAGUACAUUUUUAAAUUGUAUUAUACAUUUGAAUAAGUUAUGAUUGAAAAAUAUAAUUAGGUAUGGAAAUUAUGAUUCUCGUGCCUAAUAGGCUACGCGAAUAGAUUUCAAGUUGAUUUUAAUUUUCAGUAUUGACUAUUGGUUUAGCAUCUCGUGAAAAUGUAAAAUGUAAAAUGUAAAAUGACGUCCCUGCUCGCACUUUCUUAUACUUAAAUGUCAUUAAUCUUUGUAAUGUACUCAUUUUUUCGUUCUUUUUCAAAUAACUAAGUUUUUAUUAUGUUAUUAAAGUUACUAGAACCUGUAUAUGGUAACAAGAAACCUAGUUUUAUACAUUAUGCUUCUCCUGCAAUAAUAGCACUGUAAGUAUAAUAUUUCAACUAUGUUUUUUUGUUUGGAAUCAAUUAUUUUAAUAAUAUUAUGGUUUUUAAAAACUAGAUGUGCAUUUUAUUUACCAGCAAUUUACACUGGAGCCACAAUUAUUUCUGAAAAAGAAGGAGGAGUUAUAGAAAGAGUAGUAUUAUCAGGUAAGAUUAUAAUACUAAAUAAAUACAUUUUAUUUGCAAUAUAAGUUGAAUAAAAUUGGUGAAAAUUAAUUAUUAUAAAAGGUUGUUGAUUUUAAAGUUAAAAUAUUUAAUUUUGUGAUCAAAUUAUAGAAGUAUGGUAUUACAUAACAUAGAAUUAAAAUUGCGGUUUAAAUACAAGUUGCAACAUUUAAAAAGGUGAUUAUUUUUUAUGGCCACAAGAUGUUUUUUUUUUUAAUAUUGCCAAAGAAAAAAGAAAAACCUUACAUGUCUGUAAUUUAUUUAUUUGACUAUAUUUUAUAAAAUGUGCCUUUGAAAAUAUUCAGUUUUUUUAAUUGUGUUACCCGUAUCAACCUAAAUGUUAAAAUGUUUAAAAAUUUUAAAUUAUGUAAUUGUAUUAUAUUACGCUUUAAUUGAGUUGAAACAGUAAAUGCAAAUAUUGUCUCCUCUAAAAUAUUAAUUGUCACCUAUCUAACUAUAUUAGUGUUUACAGUUUGCCAUUUUUUUUGGAAUUUUUUAUAGUUUGGAUAAUUUUACUUUCAGAGCUUCGCGUUUUUAUAAUAUACAAAUAAUAUUAAUAAUUAAAAAAUAUUUUAGGGAUGAAUUUCAUAGAAAUCGCGUUCGCUCAGGUAUUAGUACAGAUGAUAUUUAUCAUCAUUCAAACAACAUUGGUGAUGAUCGUUAUGUUCCUCGUUUUCGACAACCCAUUCGUCGGCGACAUAUUUCCAUCGUUUACGCUAUUGACGCUGAUCGGAUCUGGUGGAAUGUGUUUUGGUAUGUAUAAUUAUAUACAUAUAAUAUUUAAUAAUUUAUAGAUUAUAUUAUAUAUAUGUAUGUAUAUAGAAUAAUAGUAAAAUACUCAUUUUUUUUUUCAAUAUCGCUUUGGGUUAACGGCCAAUGUUCUAAAUUUUUAUUAUUUGUUUUGCUUUACAAGUUUUUACGGAUUUUAGCAGUUUUCGCUUAUAAUUUCAUCAUAUUUCCUUAUCUAAAGGAUUCCUUCAGUUUUGGGCCAAUCUUAGACUGGAACUGGCUAUGUGCAAGUAGUUUAGUACAUACUGUCAGGAGGGGUAGAUGGUCGCCCCCCCUGAAAGAAGUAGAUUUACAUUGACAUUUGACAUAGUCAUUGGUUCAGAAGUAGAUAUAAUGACAUAAUUUUUUAGAUUCUGAGUGUAGCGAAGAAUGUAUUGGUUUUACAAAGAUGUUUUUUUUUAUGUGACCACUUUUUUUAACAGAAAGCUUUAUAUUGUGACAAAAAAUCUUGAGAUCCAGAAACCAGAAAUCUUGCCCGAAUAUAUGUACGUGUGGCAUUAUUUCUGAAAGGAAAUAUUAUCUAGAUGGUACUUUAGAAGGUCAUGUUUUGAUAUCAAUAUCAAUAUCAAUAUUCAAUAUCUUGGAAAACCCGGGAGAAAGCGUAAGAAAAACAGGAAAUUUAUGAAAAUAAUGCUUUUUAUUAUUUUCAAUUGUGUUAUUUGUUGUAAUUCAGUUUAAAAUAUUCGUAGACCUGACAUUUGGGCAUAAAACUUAUACUUGCCUAUUUUUUUACGUGAUAAAACUGUAAAAACAUUUGAGCUAUAUUUAAACUAUUAACCAACACUUUUAUUUUAUGAAUAAUUUUUAUUUGGUAGGUACUCUGUGGAUAAAAUGUUUUUGGAUGUUUGGAUAAAACAUUUUUGCUAUGAUUCCGCUAUUUACUUCUUCUGCAGACAGCCGUGCAUAAUGCUUUUAUUGCUUCUGUCUGAAAUUGUCGCUCCUGAAUGUAAUUUUUCGAAUGCCCUCUGUGCUAGACGUAUUCUGUGAAAGUUAUUUACAAACCGAAAAAAAAACAUAUCGUAAUAGUCAAUCCAAUACAUUAAUCGUUUUGCUUGAAAUCUAAAAUGAAAUGUGCAUCUACGCUGUAUAAUACAAAUUUUAGUAUUAAUUUAAUAAUAAAUUAAUAAUAACAAUGUAUGUUACCUAUAUCACUAAUUUAUAUGUUAUUUUUUAUUAUAGUGUUGUAAGUUUGUAGUUAUUACAUCAACUGUUUUUCUGUAGGAUUUUUUACAGCCAUCGUUUGCAGGACACAGACGGAGGCGUCAUUUUUGGGCAUUGGAACGAAUUUUUUGUUGAAGUUUUUGUGUGGUAAUUAUUAACUCUUUUAUGUAAUGUGCUGGGUGGCUUUUAAGGUGUAAGCAGGAUAUACUAUGAGAAUCUGAGAGGAAAAGUUGUUUAAAUAAAUUGAAACGACAAGAAAAACAAUUAAAAAAUAAUAACUUAACGAUUUUGGAAUUUCAAAGGUGACUGCGUUUUUAGAAAAUAAAGUUUAAUCUUAAUUUUUACUCCAUUAUUGCUGAUUUUAAUACUAGUAUAAUAUAAAUACCUAAAUGUUUUUGAAAGAUUUUACUUAAAUUUGCUAUUCAUUUUUUCCUGUUGUUUUCGUCUUAACUGUCAAUUUUUUUUUUUUUUUUAUUAUUACAAACGAAUUAUCAAGGAGGGAAUAUUAAAUGAAAAGGAAUAACAGCUUAAAAUGUUGUAUUCGAUAUUUAAAUUUUUUCUCCUAUACCUAAUUACCAUUAUAAAUGAUAAAGAUUUCUAGACGUUUAGAAAAACACAAAACCAGUCUAGGCAAUCGUAUGAGGGAGGGUUAGAGAUUAGAAUUCUCGUUAUUAAAACAAGUAAUAUUAUUUUUGUCCUCUAAACUACCUGAUUUGUCUGGGUAUUUGCAGGACUCAUGUGGCCAACCGAGGGUAUCCACUAUCUACUGCGCAGCGUUAGCGUCUACAUGCCUUUGACAAUGUCCACUGAGAGCUUGAGGUCACUGACCGCCAAGGGCUUGGGUCUCGAACAUCCGUCCGUUUAUCUGGGAUUCGUGUCUAUAUUCUCUUGGAUACUGGUCUUUUCGCUAGCCUCGUUCAUCAUGCUCAAACUCAAGCGGGACGUUUGGACGAAGAGUUAACCGCGAAUUCCUCGUAUAUAUCUCUACGCCACCCAAUUGUUUAUUUUAAUAUUUAUAUUAUUAUUUUAUAUUAUAAUAUUACAGUGCAUUCUAUUGUAUGUAUUAUAAUACCGUUUUUGUGUUAUCGUGUACCUAUUUGAGAACCACCUGCUGUAUUGACGUCGCGCGUCGCUUCAGGGCACGCGACAGUGUCCAUCAUCAAUGUAGGUACCAACCUAUGUCGGUGUAUAAAACUUAUAAUAAUUAUAACAGCAGGCAUUGUACACAUUCAUAUUAAAUUAUUUGUAUAGUAUAUUGUAAACGAUUUAUGACUGUUUUGUGCAUUAUUUUUUAUUUCCAUAUAUUUUUAUGUCAUUGAGUAUGAAAACAAAAAUUCACAUUUUAACAUUCUAGUUGUAUGAUACUAGCUCCUGAGUCAAUUAAAGCGCUCAAAAAAGUUAAUAAAGAAUAUUAUCUAUAAAUAUCUAUAAAUACAACCAAAAUAUCUG